UUUCCGGUGUCACUAUGGCUGCUCCGGCUGGUAAAGGCAAUGAACUCGACCAUAUCAAGAAUGAAUCCGUUGAUCUUGUUCGAAUACCUAUGGAGGAAGUGUUCGAGGAGCUGAAAUGUACAAAACAAGGUCUUACUAGAGAAGAAGCUUCCCACCGUCUCGACCUCUUUGGCCCCAACAAGCUCGAAGAAAAGAAGGAAAGCAAGGUAUUGAAGUUUCUAGGGUUCAUGUGGAAUCCAUUGUCGUGGGUGAUGGAGGCGGCAGCGCUAAUGGCGAUCGCUUUGGCGAAUGGAGGAGGACGGCCACCGGAUUGGCAAGACUUUGUUGGGAUAGUGUGUUUGUUAUUCAUCAAUUCAACUAUUAGUUUCAUUGAGGAAAACAAUGCUGGUAAUGCUGCAGCCGCUCUCAUGGCCGGCCUAGCACCCAAGACUAAGGUGCUUAGAGAUAAUCAAUGGAGCGAGCAAGAAGCAUCGAUCCUUGUUCCCGGAGACGUAAUCAGCGUCAAGCUCGGCGAUAUCAUCCCCGCCGACGCACGUUUACUCGACGGCGAUCCUCUCAAAAUCGAUCAAUCAUCUCUCACCGGCGAAUCAAUCCCCGUCACCAAAAACCCCGGCGAUGAAGUCUUCUCCGGCUCAACUUGCAAACAAGGCGAGAUCGAAGCGAUCGUCGUCGCCACCGGAGUCCACACGUUCUUCGGCAAAGCAGCUCAUCUCGUCGACAGCACAAACCAAAUCGGCCAUUUCCAGAAAGUUCUCACUUCGAUUGGUAACUUCUGUAUCUGUUCGAUUGGGUUAGGAAUCAUCGUUGAGCUUAUUGUGAUGUAUCCGAUUCAACGCCGUAAGUAUCGAGACGGAAUCGAUAAUUUGCUUGUUUUGUUGAUCGGAGGGAUCCCUAUAGCUAUGCCUACUGUGUUGUCUGUUACAAUGGCGAUUGGAUCUCAUAGAUUGUCUAAACAAGGUGCUAUUACUAAGAGGAUGACUGCAAUUGAGGAAAUGGCUGGUAUGGAUGUUUUGUGUAGUGAUAAGACUGGAACUCUCACGCUUAAUAGGCUUACGGUUGAUAGGAACUUAGUCGAGGUUUUCGCCAAAGGAGUUGGUAAAGAACAUGUUUUCCUUUUGGCUGCGAGAGCCUCGAGGAUCGAGAAUCAAGAUGCGAUUGAUGCAGCUAUCGUUGGAAUGCUUGGUGAUCCGAAAGAGGCUCGUGCUGGUGUUAGAGAGGUUCAUUUCUUUCCUUUUAAUCCGGUUGAUAAGAGAACUGCUUUGACGUAUAUAGACUCGGAUGGUAACUGGCAUAGAGCUAGUAAAGGAGCUCCAGAGCAGAUAUUAAACCUCUGCAAUUGCAAGGAGGAUGUAAGGAGGAAAGUUCAUGGAGUGAUUGAUAAGUUUGCUGAGCGUGGACUUCGAUCUUUGGCUGUUGCAAGACAGAAAGUUCCUGAGAAGAAAAAAGAUGCUUCUGGUGAUCCAUGGCAACUUGUAGGUCUUUUACCUCUGUUUGAUCCUCCAAGGCAUGAUAGUGCUGAGACAAUCAGGAGGGCUUUAAACCUCGGUGUUAAUGUUAAGAUGAUAACUGGGGACCAGCUUGCUAUUGGGAAAGAAACAGGUCGCAGGCUUGGAAUGGGUACGAACAUGUACCCCUCUUCUGCGCUGCUUGGACAAGAAAAAGAUUCUUCCUUGGGUGCACUUCCUGUGGAUGAACUGAUCGAGAAGGCUGAUGGAUUUGCAGGAGUUUUUCCAGAGCAUAAGUAUGAGAUUGUUAAUAGGCUGCAACAAAGGAAGCACAUAUGCGGUAUGACUGGAGAUGGUGUGAACGAUGCCCCAGCUCUGAAGAAGGCGGAUAUUGGUAUAGCUGUUGCUGAUGCUACUGAUGCUGCGAGAGGCGCUUCUGAUAUCGUUCUCACAGAACCCGGAUUGAGUGUUAUCAUUAGUGCAGUCCUCACCAGUAGAGCCAUAUUCCAAAGAAUGAAAAACUACACUAUUUAUGCGGUUUCAAUCACAAUACGUAUUGUGUUUGGCUUCAUGUUCAUUGCUCUCAUAUGGCAGUUCGAUUUCUCACCUUUCAUGGUCCUGAUCAUAGCAAUCUUAAACGAUGGAACAAUCAUGACAAUAUCAAAGGACAGGGUGAAGCCAUCUCCACAGCCAGAUAGCUGGAAACUUAGAGAAAUCUUCUCGACGGGUGUCGUGCUUGGAGGCUACCAGGCCUUGAUGACUGUCGUUUUCUUUUGGGUGAUGAAAGAUACUGAUAUUUUCUCGAACAUGUUAGGUGUUAGACCAUUAAGCCAACGCCCUGAACAAAUGAUGGCUGCUCUGUAUCUACAAGUUAGCAUCAUAAGUCAGGCUCUCAUCUUCGUCACCAGGUCCCGUAGCUGGUCCUUCGUUGAACGUCCUGGUCUUCUCUUGCUUGGUGCAUUUGUCAUAGCUCAACUGGUGGCAACCUUUAUAGCAGUUUAUGCAAACUGGAGUUUUGCCCGGAUAGAAGGAGCCGGUUGGGGAUGGGCUGGAGUGAUCUGGCUAUACAGUCUCAUAACAUACAUCCCUCUUGACUUGCUUAAGUUUGGAAUCCGCUACGUUUUGAGUGGCAAAGCUUGGUUAAAUCUUCUUGAGAACAAGACUGCCUUCACGACGAAGAAAGACUAUGGGAAAGAGGAAAGAGAAGCUCAAUGGGCUGCAGCUCAAAGAACCCUCCAUGGACUUCAACCAGCAGAGACGAACAACAUUUUUAACGAAAAGAAUAGUUACCAUGACCUCUCUCAGAUCGCUGAACAGGCCAAACGGCGAGCUGAGGUUGUUAGGCUAAGAGAGAUAAAUACAUUAAAAGGGCACGUAGAGUCAGUGGUGAAGCUUAAAGGACUUGACAUUGACACGAUUCAGCAACAUUACACAGUCUGAAACCAAACCUAAUCAAAGUUUGAUUACUUUUCAAGUUGUUAGUAGUUUAGAAACAAAAACAAAGUUGUGUAGGUAGAAUAUUUCCUCCUUCUGUCUUGUAGCUGUUUUUUCAAAUGUAUUUUUUUAGAUUCUUUAGUUUUUGUACUGUUGACUUCUAAAGUGUGACUGCUUACCUUUGUAUGCAUCACUUUGUACCUUUUAAGCUACAAGAUCUCCAACUCACCUCUAAAUAUUUUUUUUUUCUGUU